AACAUGCUGGAACUACUGGAGGACAUGGCUAGUGGAGUGCCACCAGAGAAAGUGCGAUCCUACACCUACCAGUUGUGUAAGGCAAUACACUGGUGCCAUAGCAACGACAUCAUACACAGAGAUAUCAAGCCUGAGAAUUUGCUGAUUAGCAGUGGAGAUGUUCUGAAGCUCUGUGAUUUUGGCUUUGCUCGCACCAUCAACAAUGGAAUGAACGGCAUGUACACGGACUAUGUUGCGACACGGUGGUAUCGCUCUCCGGAAUUGCUGCUUGGUGCCCCCUAUGGCAAGGCAGUAGACAUCUGGUCUAUCGGCUGCAUUCUUGGAGAGCUUGCAGACGGUCAGCCCCUGUUCCCGGGCGAGAGUGAGAUAGAUCAGCUCUACGUCAUCCAGAAGAUUGUCGGACAAUUGCCGCCCGAUCAGAUGAACAUGUUCUAUAACAACGCUCGAUUCUCCGGGUUAAAGUUUCCAUCAGUGUCCAAGCCACAGACUAUCGUGAAAAGAUACCAGGGAAUACUCAGUAGCGUCAUGAUAGACUUUAUGGUGCAAACACUAAGGCUAGAGCCUACAGACAGGUUCACGAUAGAGGAUUGCCUGGACCCACGUGUCCUUCCAGACAGAACGUCUUCUCAACCGGGGAAGCCAGGUGCCCAUCAAGCACAUCGACACUCAUAA